CGUACGCCUAUGCAAAUAUUUGUCUCGUUUUUUCAUCGAAACAAGGUGAUGGCCGAACUGACAUUUUAUUACGAUGUUGUUUGCCCGUUUGCUUACGUAGCUAGUCGUCUAAUUGAGCGUAUAGCUGAGCAAUGUGCGGCAAAAAUCCAUUGGACACCUGUAUUGUUGAAUGCUUUGUAUAAGGCAAAUGAAUCACAAUCGCCCAUGGUUAAUAGCUGCAAUGCGAAAAAAAUUAUUCUUCGUCAACAAUUUGCAAGAAUGGUUCAGCGAUUCAACGUUCCGAUCAAUCCACCAGAAUCCUAUCCUGCUAACAGCCUGUCUGCAAUGAGACUUUUGGCUGCAACUUCUUGUGAUUCAAAGUUACGAGUAAGCUUAACACAUGCCCUGUUUUCAUCCUACUGGAUUGAAAAUAAAGAUAUUACAAAUGGUGAAGUACUACAAAAAAUUACUCAGAUAAUUGGCUGGAAUGUGGAUGUACAAGACAUCAUUGCUAAGAGUGGAACAGUAUUAUUGAUGAAAAAUACAGAGGAUGCAUUAGAAAAUGGUGCCUUUGGUGUACCAAGUUUUGUUGUGAAUGGUAAACUGUUUUGGGGAGUGGAUAACUUACAUUUUGUUGAACGUGAAUUAGGUGGAAAGAGUGCAUCUCCCCCGCGACUCACUGAACCACCGAAGACACCCCAAUCUGUUAACCUGACAAUUUAUUAUGAUCUUGGAAGCCCAUGGAGUUUUUUAGGAUCAACACAGUUAGAAAAUCUAAUAAAGGUUGUUAAACCAGUAAACGUAACAAUUGAAUCUCUGCCUAUUGUGGUUGGCUCCUUGUUCAAGCAAAUUGGAACACCUAUUGUUCCAAUGAGGCAUUUCAGUGCUGCAAAACUUGCUUACCUGACAAAGAGUCUUAAUGAUUGGUGCACAUUACAUGGUAUCAAAGGUUUUAAGUUUCCAUCAAAUUUUCCAUUAAAAACUGUUUUACCAAUGCGUUUGUUGCUGGCUAGCAGAAAUGAUAGUGAACUUCAGGCUGCAUUAUAUAAAGCUGCUUGGAUUGAGGAUAAGGAUAUUGGUGAUGUUGAGAUCUUAAGAGAGAUUUUGCACAAAGUUGGCUUUGAUGCUGACAAGAUGUUUGACAAUGCUCAACAACAAGAUAUCAAAGAUCAACUUCGAGCAAACACUGACAGGGCUGUUAAAGCUGGUGUAUGUGGUGUUCCUAGCUAUCAGGUUAAUAAUGGUGCAAUCAUUUGGGGACAAGAUCGUUUGAAUAUUGUUGCUGAUUUGCUCUGUGGUUGGAAGGAUCCGUUGGAAGAACAAAUGAAUAGCAAAUUAUAAUCAAAAUGUAAGUGACCUGCCAACCUUAGACUAGAAAAUCAGAAGGUAGGAUAUUUAAUAAUUUGUGGUAAUAAGUGGAGAUAUAGAUUCCUUUGUUGGCUGCCAAGAACUCAGAGCCUCAAGACUGUUGGUCGAGUCGUGAAACAAUUGGUCGAGCGCAUUGCGCAUGUGCAAUGAUUUAUCGUGCAUUUUGAGGACAACCAUAGAUAGACAUUACACCGUGACAAAGAAAAAAUCGCUUACAUGUAAACCGUAGACAACAAAACAAAAAGUGAUUAUUUACCCGUAGCUUGUGAUGAGUUUUAUUAAAAAUGUUUUUAUUUGCCAUGAA